AUGCAGGCGCGCUACUCUGUGUCCGACCCCAACGCCCUGGGAGUGGUGCCCUACUUGAGCGAGCAGAAUUACUACCGCGCGGCGGGCAGCUACGGAGGCAUGACCAGCCCCAUGGGCGUCUACUCGGGCCACCCGGAGCAGUACGGCGCGGGCAUGGGCCGCUCCUACGCGCCGUAUCACCACCACCAGCCCGCGGCGCCGAAGGACCUGGUGAAACCGCCGUACAGCUACAUCGCGCUCAUCACCAUGGCCAUCCAGAACGCGCCCGAGAAGAAGAUCACCCUGAACGGCAUCUACCAGUUCAUCAUGGACCGCUUCCCCUUCUACCGGGAGAACAAGCAGGGCUGGCAGAACAGCAUCCGCCACAACCUCUCGCUCAACGAGUGCUUCGUCAAGGUGCCCCGCGACGACAAGAAACCUGGCAAGGGCAGCUACUGGACCCUGGACCCAGACUCCUACAACAUGUUCGAGAACGGCAGCUUCCUGCGGCGCCGGCGGCGCUUCAAGAAGAAAGACGUGCCCAAGGAGAAGGAGGAGCGCGCCCACCUCAAGGAGCCGCCCCCGGCGGCGUCCAAGGGCGCUCCGGCCGGCCCCCCUCUAGCGGACACCCCCAAGGAGGCCGAGAAGAAGGUGGUGAUCAAGAGCGAGGCGGCGUCGCCGGCGCUGCCGGUCAUCACCAAGGUGGAGACACUGAGCCCCGAGAGCGCGCUGCAGGGUAGCCCGCGCAGCGCGGCCUCCACGCCCGCCGGCUCCCCUGACGGCUCGCUGCCGGAGCACCACACGGGCGCUCCCAACGGGCUGCCCGGCUUCAGCGUGGAGAAUAUCAUGACGCUGCGAACGUCGCCGCCCGGCGGCGAGCUGAGCCCCGCGGCCGGGCGCGCGGGCCUGGUGGUGCCGCCGCUGGCGCUACCGUACGCCGCCGCGCCGCCCGCCGCCUAUGGCCAGCCGUGCGCACAGGGCCUGGAGGCUGCGGGCGCCGGGGGCUACCAGUGCAGCAUGCGCGCCAUGAGCCUGUACACCGGGGCCGAGCGGCCGGCGCACAUGUGCGUCCCGCCCGCUCUGGACGAGGCCCUCUCAGACCACCCGAGCGGCCCCACAUCGCCCCUAAGCGCUCUCAACCUCGCCGCCGGCCAGGAGGGCGCGCUCGCCGCCGCCGCCGGCCACCACCACCAGCAUCACGGCCACCACCACCCGCAGGCGCCGCCGCCCCCGCCGGCUCCCCAGCCGCAGCCGGCGCCGCAGCCCGGGGCUGCCGCGGCCCAGGCGGCCUCCUGGUAUCUCAACCACAGCGGGGACCUGAACCACCUUUCCGGCCACUCGUUCGCGGCCCAGCAGCAGACUUUCCCUAACGUCAGGGAGAUGUUCAACUCCCACCGGCUAGGGAUUGAGAACUCGACCCUCGGGGAACCCCAGGUGAGCAGCAACGCGAGCUGUCAGCUGCCCUACAGAUCCACGCCAUCCCUCUACCGCCACGCGGCUCCGUACUCCUAUGACUGCACGAAAUACUGA